GCAGAGCUGGAUCAUCCCCACCAGGCAGGAAAAGCCCCUCAGCGCCCUGGUGUAGUAUCUCCCAUCUCCUUCCUCAUGUGAAAACCGGGUGGACCGGCUCAUCUCUACCCCUUGUUCUUCCAUUCCUGGAGAAACCCAGCUAAACUUCAGGCCCGGCCGCCCCGCGCCGGUGCCGCAUGGACUUUGCCCCCGGAAGACGCGGCGGCGCGGGGCCCUCGUGGUGCCCGUGAUGCGGCAGCUCCCCGCGCAGCGCCCCGGCACACCAUGGCAGACCCCUGCAGUGUGCCCCCCGAGAUCCUCGUCCCCGCCACCAACCAGACGCUGGAGCUGGCGCUGGGCACCCACGUGGCGCUGAACUGCACCGUGCGCUGGGCGGGCACCGGGCAAUGCCAGCACAGCCCCGCAUGGAGUAAGGACGGGCAGUGGCUGGGCAACGGCAGCAGCCAGGACACCGCCUGGUUUGCCCCAAAUGCCUCAGAGCAGUUCCUCACCAGCGUCCUGCAGCUCAACCUCACCCAAGACACUGACUUCGGGGUGUUUGCCUGCUGGGUCAGCAAUGCCACGGCCACCUUCACCCUGCAGAGAGCAGAGGUGGCAGGGCACGUGCCCGCCGUGCUGGCAGCCCUCCUGGUCCUGGUGCUCCUCAUACUCGCGGCCGGGCUGUACGUACACUGCCGCCUGAACAUGCUCCUCUGGUACCGGAACCGCUACGGAGAGCUGGAGAUCAACGACGGGAAGCUGUACGAUGCCUACGUGUCCCACGCCUCCGCCCCGGAUGACCGCAAGUUCGUCCACUUCAUCGUGAAGCCGCAGCUGGAGAACCGCUACGGAUACAAGCUCUUCCUGGACGAGCAAACCAUCCUGCCCAACGCAGAGCCAUCAGCCGACCUGAUCAUGAACGUGAGCCGGUGCCGGCGCCUCAUCGUGGUGCUCUCCGUCGCGUACCUGGAGCAAGACUGGUGCAACAGCAGCUUCAGGGAAGGGCUCUGGAGGCUGCUGGAGCUUUCCAAGAAACCCAUCUUCAUCGUCUUCGAGAGCCAGUACCGGGAGAUCCACCACCCUGCCAUCAGCCUGCUGAAGCAGCACCGCAGCGCGGUGACCCUGCUGGUGUGGCGAGCCAGCUCCAUGACCCCCUCGUCCGACUUCUGGAAGGAGCUGUGCCUGGCCCUGCCCCGCAAGGUGUCCUUCCAGGGGCCCGUGGGGGACCCGCAGACCCAGCUGCAGGAGGACAAGGACCCCAUGCUGAUCCUGCACAGCAGCUACCUGGACAGCGGCAGCGACCUGCACCCGGAUGGGGACCUGGGGCUCCGGGAGCGUGUGUUCAGGAGCUUCCCGCCUCCCCGCAUCGCCGGCCCCGCCGCCCCGGUGCCUGCCGCUGGGACGGGGGGGGCACAGCUCAGGGACAGUCAGAGACCAGAGAUCGACGUGUCAGACCUGGGGUCCCGCAACUACGGCGCCCGCACGGACUUCUACUACCUGGUGACGGAGGAUGACAUCUGAGCGGGGCCACGGGCCAGCAGCGGCGGCAUCGCCCUUCCCACGGGCUGCACGGACACACACCACGGCUGGAGGAGCCCGGGCUUUAUGGUGGGACCAAAGCCAAGGUCGCAGUAGGGAAAGACUCCUCCUGGCUCCUUCGGGCAGCACGCUCCAUGGUGGAAAACCAGCACCAAGGGACACCACAGCCCAUAAUGCCUGGGCACCUUUGGGUGCUGGGCCCCCCUCCCUCACCAUGGGCAGCAGGGACAUUUUCCUGCCAAUGGAUUGGCGCUGGGAUGGGUGAUGCUCUGAGAAGCAACGUGCCCCAAUCCCAAGGGAAUUGCCUGAGAGGAGCGGCCGCAGCACCCCCUGUCCCAUGGAAACCCCUGUGGCAAUAAAAAGCUGCUGCACCAA